GGAUCAGUCUGCCCGAGGGAGUGGACCCCUCUUUCCUGGCAGCGCUGCCUGAGGAUAUCCGGAGGGAAGUGCUACAGAACCAGCUGGGAAUCCGGCCUCCGAACCGGGUGCGCGAGAGGGAGCGGGAGAGAGAGCGAGACCGGGAGAGAGAGAGAGCGACGGCAGCGACUGUAGCCACUGCUGUCGCUGCUGCUGCUGCUGCUUCUCUGGUGGGUACCCAGCCCGUCAGCGAGGUCAGCCCUGAGUUCCUGGCCGCCCUGCCCCCCGCCAUCCAGGAGGAGGUCCUUGCCCAGCAGAGAGUAGAGCAGCAGCGGCGAGAGCUGGCGCACACAGCGAACCCUGACACCCCGAUGGACCCGGUGACUUUUAUCCAGACCUUGCCCUCUGACCUGAGGCGCAGUGUGCUGGAGGACAUGGAGGACAGUGUCCUGGCUGUGAUGCCCCCGGACAUUGCUGCCGAGGCCCAGGCCCUGAGGAGAGAGCAGGAGGCCAGGCAGCGGCAGCUCAUGCACGAGAGGCUGUUCAGUCACAGCAGCUCCUCUGCCCUCUCUGCCAUCCUCCGCAGCACAGGUUUCACUGGACGGCUGGGAGGAAACCGAGGAGUGCAGUACACACGCCUCGCGGUGCAGCGAAGUGGGGCCUUUCAGUGGGGCAGCGGCAGCCAUAACAGAGCCUCGAGCAGCAGUAACGUGGACAGCCUCCUGCGCCUCCGCGGACGCUUGCUGUUGGACCACGAGGCCCUGUCCUGUCUGCUGGUGCUGCUGUUUGUGGACGAGCCGAAGCUGAACACCAGCCGCCUUCACCGUGUGCUGAGGAACCUCUGCUAUCACACCCAGACCCGCAACUGGGUCAUCAAGAGCUUGCUGUCCAUCCUGCAGCGGAGCAGCGAGAGCGAGCUGUGCAUCGAGAUCCCCAAACACCUGGAGGAGAAGGGCAAGAAGGUCAAGAGCUGCCUGGCUUCUCCCCCGCCCCCUCCUCCCCCUGGCACCGGAGCCCUAGCUCUACACGAACAGAAAACCCUGGACCUGCUCCACAAGGUGGAGGCCAAAGCCACCAGCCAGCUGUCGUGGCUCUCCGUGUCCAUGGACGCUGCUCUGGGCUGUCGCACCAACAUCUUCCAGAUACAGCGGUCGGGAGGGCGGAAGCAUUCGGAGAAGCAUCCCGGCUGUGGCUCCACCGUCCACAUCCACCCCCAGGCAGCUCCCGUGGUCUGUAGACACGUGUUAGACACCCUCAUCCAGCUCGCCAAGGUAUUCCCCAGUCACUUCACACAGCAGCGCAGUAAAGACAGCUGCGGGGAGACAGACAGAGAGAAGCUGGGGAGGCCGGCAGCGACCAGCCCUGGACAGGGCCAGGGCCAGGCACAGGGACAGAGCCCGAGCCCGGCCGGAGCUGGCUCCACCUCCAGCUCCAUCUCCACCGACUUCUGGGACCUUCUGGUCAAACUGGACAACAUGAACGUGAGCCGCAAGGGGAAGACCUCAAUCAAGGCUCUGCCUCUGCCGGGCAGCGAGGGGGAGAGCAGUCAAGGCAGCCUGGAGUCCUCGCCCCUGGGGCAGCUCAUGAACAUGCUCUCUCACCCCGUCAUCCGCCGCAGCUCGCUGCUCACCGAGAAACUGCUCCGUCUCCUCUCCCUCAUCUCCAUCGCCCUCCCCGACAACAAGGCCACGGAGAUCAGCCCCAACCACAGCAACAGCAACAGCCACAGCAACAGCCACAGCAACAGUAACAGCAGCGCCACCUGCCCCCCCCUCACAGCCACCCCCAACCCUAGCCUUACCCCCAACCCCAACCUCAGCGUCAACACAACAGCCAACGUCACUGCUACACCGACUCAGAAAGUGGCCAAGUCCCCGGCGAGGGUGGGGGAGACCGGCGGCAGCAGCAGCGACAGCAAAGCCCCCACCUCAGGCCUCACAGAGAAACAGCUCCAGCUGUCAGUGGAGGUGUUGACGUCACACUCGUGUUCAGAGGAGGGUCUGGAGGACGCAGCUAACAUCCUAUUACAGUUGUCCCGCGGGGAACCGGGAACCAGAGACACCGUCCUCAAACUACUACUGAGCGGAGCUCGGCAGCUCGGCUACACCCUGUGUCAGCAGAUAGGGACGCUGCUGGCUGAGUUACGAGAGUAUAACCUGGAGCAGCAGAGACGAGCUCAGGCUGACAGUCAGCCCCCAGAGCUCAGCCACGAUGAUCAGCCGCACAUGGCCAAACUGAAGGGCAAGAUGCUGAGCAGGUUCAACACGACAGAGAACGUGGUGAUUGUGGCUGCUCAGAAGCGACCUCUCGGAGGCCGGGAGCUGCAGUUGCCCUCCAUGUCGAUGCUCACGUCGAAAACCUCCACCCAGAAGUUCUUCCUCCGCAUCCUCCAAGUCAUCAUCCAACUGCGAGACGCCACGCGUCGGGCGAACAAAAAGGCCAAGCAGACGGGCCGACUCGGCUCCUCAGCUCUGGGCUCAGCCAGUAGUAUACAGGCAGCUGUGCGGCAGCUGGAAGCUGAGGCUGACGCUAUUAUACAAAUGGUACGUGACGGGCAGCGAACCAGAAGACAGCAGCAAUCAGCCAUGUCCGAGUCAAACCAGGCUGAGGCUGCCACUCGCAGAGAGGAAUCCCCGAUGGACGUGGAUGAACCAUUGCCGGCGAAUCCCGAGACACAGUCACUGGGCUCGGAGGCCAGCCAGGCCACGGAGCAGGACAAGGAGGAGGAGAAGGGUCCGGAUCUGCCGUUGCUCAGUGAGCAGCUCAGUCUGGACGAGCUGUGGGAUAUGCUCGGAGAGUGUCUGAAGGAGCUCGAGGAAUCACACGAUCAGCACGCAGUGCUGGUGUUACAGCCGGCUGUUGAGGCCUUUUUCCUUGUCCACGCCACGGAACGGGAGAGCAAGCCCCCAGUGAGGGACACGAGAGAGAGCCAGCUUGCACACAUCAAGGACGAGGCCCCACCUCUGUCCCCGGCCCCCGUCACCCCUGCCACCCCCUCCUCCCUCGACCCCUUCUUCUCCCGCGAGCCCUCCUCCAUGCACAUCUCCUCCAACCUGCCCCCAGACACACAGAAAUUCCUCCGCUUCGCAGAGACACACCGUACGGUGCUGAACCAGAUACUCAGACAGUCGACCACACACUUGGCUGACGGCCCCUUCGCGGUUCUCGUCGAUUACAUCCGGAUCCUCGACUUCGAUGUCAAACGCAAGUAUUUCCGGCAAGAGUUGGAGAGGUUGGACGAGGGGAUCAGGAAGGAGGAUUUGGCUGUACACGUCCGGAGGGAUCACGUCUUUGAGGAUUCGUAUCGAGAACUUCACCGAAAAUCUCCUGAGGAGAUGAAAAACAGACUGUACAUAGUGUUUGAGGGGGAGGAAGGUCAGGACGCUGGAGGUUUGCUCAGGGAGUGGUACAUGAUCAUCUCUCGGGAGAUGUUUAACCCUAUGUACGCCCUGUUCCGCACUUCCCCUGGGGACCGGGUCACAUACACCAUCAACCCCUGUUCUCACUGCAACCCCAACCACCUCAGCUACUUCAAGUUUGUGGGUCGUAUCGUAGCCAAAGCCGUGUACGACAACCGUCUCCUCGACUGUUACUUCACCCGCUCCUUCUACAAGCACAUCCUGGGCAAGUCCGUCAGAUACACGGACAUGGAGAGUGAGGAUUACCACUUUUAUCAGGGGCUGGUUUACUUGUUGGAGAAUGGUGUGGUCACACUGGGCUCUGAGCUCACGUUCAGCACCGAGGUUCAGGAGUUUGGGGUGUGCGAGGUGCGGGAGUUGAAAGCAAACGGAACCCACAUAAUCGUCAACGAAGACAACAAAAAGGAAUACGUCCAUCUGGUUUGUCAGAUGAAGAUGACGGGAGCCAUCAGGAAACAGCUGGCAGCGUUCCUCGAGGGAUUCUACGAGAUUAUUCCCAAGCGACUGAUCUCGAUCUUCACGGAGCAGGAGCUGGAGCUGCUGAUCUCGGGGCUGCCCACCAUCGACAUUGACGAUCUGAAAGGCAACACGGAAUAUCACAAAUAUCAGGUCAACUCCAUACAGAUCCAGUGGUUCUGGCGAGCGCUGAGGUCCUUUGACCAGGCCGACAGAGCCAAGUUCCUGCAGUUUGUGACGGGAACCUCCAAGGUGCCGCUGCAGGGUUUUGCUGCCCUCGAGGGAAUGAACGGCAUCCAGAAAUUCCAGAUUCACCGCGACGACAGGUCUACAGACAGACUGCCCUCCGCCCACACCUGCUUUAAUCAGCUGGACUUGCCAGCGUACGAGAGCUAUGAGAAACUGCGGCACAUGUUAUUGCUGGCGAUCCAGGAAUGUUCCGAGGGCUUCGGUCUGGCCUGAGACAGCGUCCAACUCUCCGGCAAACAAAACACACAGCAGAGGAUUCUUUUUUAUCAAACUGUAGAUUGUGCAUAACCUGCUAUCCUUGGGCUGAUCUCAGUACACACACACACAGUCACGCACACACUCACGCACACACACACACUC